AUGUCCGAGUACAUUGUUAAAAUCGAUUUAGACAAGCCCGCUUACGAACAGGCUGGCGUACACAACCGUUGGCAUCCAGACGUACCGGCUAAUGCCAGUAUUAAACAGAACAAAUCGUACAAGGCCGAAUGUUUCGACUGGACAGGCGGUCAAGUUGGCAACAAUGACUCUGCUGAUGAUAUCAAGUACUGCGAUUUGAGCAGAAUACACUAUUUGUCUGGACCAUUUUUUGUGGAAGACUGCGAGCCGGGCGACGUGCUGAAAGUUAGUAUCCAAGACGUCCAACCUCUCGAACGUCAGCCUUGGGGUUAUUGUGGUGUCUUCGCCAAGGAAAAUGGUGGUGGAUUUCUUGACAAACAUUACCCUAAGGCAGCAAAGGCCGUAUUUGACUUUGAAGGUAUUUAUAGCCACUUCUCGUCACAUUCCCGGUGUGAAGUUCCCAGGUAUCUGCCACCCGGGCAUUAUAGGCGUUCUGCCAAGUCAUGAAGUGCUAGCAGAAUGGAACUCUCGUGAAACGACUCCCGUUCAGGCCCACCCUCACGCCGAUUUCGUCAUGGCCAAUUUGCCAAACGAACACGGCGCCUACGCUGGAAUCAACGCCACUGAGGAACAGCAAAAAGCAGUAGCUAGCUACGGUGCGCGUACCAUUCCGGGCCGUCCAGAAAAUGGGGGUAACUGUGACAUUAAAGCCCUCACCCGGGGCUCGACGGUUUAUCUGCCCACCUAUUUGCCAGGUGGUAUGCUCUCACUUGGUGAUCUUCACUUUUCUCAAGGGGAUGGUGAAAUUAGCUUCUGUGGUGCCAUCGAAAUGGCCGGCUGCAUUACGUUUAGCGUCUCCGUAAUAAAGAACGGUAUGAGGAAACUCGCGAUGAAAUCUCCAAUGUACUUGCCGUCACCAGUCGCUCCACGUUUUGGACCCGACCGUUACUUGACAUUCGAAGGCUUCAGUGUUGAUGAAGAGGGUAAUCAGCUUUGCCUAGAUACUACCGUGGCCUACCGUCAGACAUGUCUUCGUGUGAUCGAGUACCUGCGUAGGUAUGGUUACAACGAUUACCAGAUUUAUCUACUGUUGUCCACCGCACCAAUUGAGGGUCAUAUAGCGGGCAUUGUCGAUGUUCCGAACAGUUGUACUACCAUCGGGCUGCCUAUGGAUAUCUUUGACUUUGACAUCUCCCCAGAAGGGGAGGUGGUGAAGAAAGAUAUGAGCAACUGCGCUUUUGCCGAAGACGAUCUAAGAGAAGGAUUUGCAUUCACCAAGGAACUGUAA